UUCACUCUUGUUGUGCGCGGUAGUGUACGCCUGCUUUGCUUUUUCGUUCCAUCCGAGGUGUGAGAGUGUAUGGUGAGAUAAAGAAAACCGGAGAAAGAGGAAAAAAGGUCGAUCCGGCUGCAGUUAUUAUUCAUAAUUUUUGCUUAUUAAAUCUAUCCGAUUCGGGUAAUUAGUGUAAACUCGAUAAACGACGUGAAUCUGUCUGUUUAGCUAUCGAAAUACGUGGCCAGGUAUAGGGUAUUGGAGCAAACAAAACAAAGCUGUUUUGUGCCAGCGAAAGCGGAGUGUUGUAAAAAUCGAUUCAAUUGCUUUGCCGAGACAUAAUUUGCUAUUGCUGCUGUUGCUGCCGCUGUCGCCGCUGAUGGUUUGCUGACAAACGCAAUAUCUGCCACCGGGACAGUGUUUAACUCAUUUACUGCUUCUGCUGUCACGGCUAGCGAAAAUCGCAGCUUGCCAUCGUUGAAAGGCUGGAAAGUCUACGGAAGAUAGCGAGCAACGACAAAAUGUCGGCAGACUCCGGAAAGAAUUUUUCCAACGUAGAAACGCCGGGUUACGUGGGUUUUGCCAACCUCCCGAAUCAGGUGCAUCGGAAAUCCGUCAAAAAGGGUUUCGAGUUCACGCUGAUGGUGGUUGGCGAAUCCGGACUCGGAAAAUCAACUCUCGUCAACAGUCUGUUUCUGAGCGAUCUUUACCCGGAACGCGUGGUCCCCGAUGCGGUGGAGAAACAGCACCAGACGGUGAAGUUGGAUGCAUCCACCGUCGAGAUUGAGGAACGCGGCGUUAAGCUACGGCUGACGGUUGUGGACACACCGGGAUUCGGAGAUGCUAUCGAUAAUAGCGACAGUUUUAGUGCCAUUCUUGAGUACAUCGACGAGCAGUACGAACGUUUUCUGCGGGACGAGAGCGGUCUCAACCGAAGAAACAUCGUUGACAACAGGAUACACUGCUGUUUUUACUUUAUUUCACCGUUUGGUCAUGGCUUGAAACCGCUCGAUAUUGAAUUCAUGAAGAAGCUUCAUUGCAAAGUGAAUAUCGUCCCUGUAAUUGCGAAGGCAGAUGUACUGACCAAGAAGGAAAUCCAGCGCCUAAAGUGCCGAAUUCUGCAGGAAAUCGAAGACAAUGGGAUCAAAAUCUAUCCACUGCCAGAUUGUGAUAGUGACGAAGACGAAGACUACAAGGAACAAGUCCGACAGCUGAAGGAAGCGGUACCGUUUGCCGUGUGUGGUUCGACCACACUGCUAGAGGUGAAAGGACGCAAAGUGCGGGGCCGAUUAUAUCCAUGGGGUGUAGUGGAAGUCGAAAAUCCGGAACAUUGCGACUUCAUCAAACUUCGAACAAUGUUAAUCACUCACAUGCAAGAUCUGCAGGAAGUAACGCAGGAGGUACACUAUGAGAACUACCGUUCGGAGCGAUUAGCAAAAUCAGUGCGCAAAAACGUUACCCCCAUCAUCAAGGACGAGAAUGGCACAGGAGAGAUACAGUCGGAUAAAGAUCGAAUUUUACGGGAAAAGGAAGAGGAAAUUCGACGCAUGCAGGAGAAGCUAGCCCAGAUGCAGGCUAAAAUUCAGGCUCAGAAAUAAGAUUUACUACGGGCAAAGUGACAAUGGAUGCAUGAAAUUUUAAUCUAGUUCGAUGAGAAGUUUGGCACUGGCAGGCUGGUAAAAAUAAAGAGUUCGUGAUUUUUACUGUAGUCCUAUCAUACCUACUACAUAGAAGCGAAUCAUCAACACCACCAUGAUACUCACCUGCGAACCCAAAAACAGCUACCGCACGAUGGCGCGAUUCUACGGGUGCACAAAAUACAAACCGCGGCAGCAGCAGAUUACCAUUUUUUGCAAUUGAUUGUCAUUUUAACGAAAAACAUGAAGCAUGUCACAAAGUUACUGCUACUAUACUUCAAUGCCGUUCAUAUAUUAAUAGUAGGUGAAUAAAACAAAACACAAAUUUUCCAUUCAAACUAAUGUGCACUGUAAGAAAAGAAUAUUACUAGUACAAAAAAAUCACACCGCUGGCUGGCCGCAAGCGCAGCAAACUCAUCAUCCUAUCAACAAUCUCAUAUCUUUUCAAAUUUAAAAUUUGGCAGCAGCUUGAAAAGCUAACAAACAACUAUUUAGUCAAGUUCUGAGUGCCAUGCCGAAAAUUAGUUCCCCCCGGAUAUCAAACCCGAACAAAACAAAGUAGAAUCUCUGCCUUUAGUGAUAGACACUGAGAGGAUAUCAGGCAAUCGAACGACAAGUCAGAGUAAGGAAACCUAAUACUAAUUAUUCUGAGACCUCAGUUUAUCGCACACGCGUCUGCAUUGUGUGUGUGUCAAUCUUUUACGUUUCUAUCGUCAUGUUUCGGUUAGCGUACAUUACACCGUCAGAGCAAUAAUAAUUAGAGAAAGUGGAGUUUUUAUUUUUCGAUAGCUUUUUUGUCGAACCUAAAGAGUAAUAAUAUUGUAGGAGUAGCGUAAACUAAGCAGCAUUUUUUGGAACAGGCUUUAUCCGCGCUAUUCAGAUUCACCGUAUAUCGUGCGUAUAAACAAAAAAAAACCUGCAAACUUUUCACGGUAAAUAUUUCAUCAUUAGUUGUUAGUGGUACUUAAGCGAAAUUACUCGAAUGCGUUUCCGUUUUUUGGUUCGACUCGUUUGCACUGUUUAUUAUCAGCCAAGGAAUUAUAUUACUACGCAUAAGAUUCUAACAGAUAAGCCAGAGGCGACAGCGCGUUGCCGGUAGAUACGAACCGACGUUCAGAAGAGAGAAACAGUAUAUAUAUUUGGUUUAAUCUUUAUUGUAACUAUUUUACUACUCAACGAAUUAUAGGUUUAUAA